GGUUACCUCACGUCAAUGGCAUUUCAAAUGCACAACCCGACUGGGGCGGAAUUCAAUACGUCAAGCGUGCGCGCUGACGUCAACCCGAGCCCACAUAGGUAUAAAAGGCGGCGCAGCCAUUUUCUCGGGUACGUGUUACACAAGCUCUCCACGCAGUAUCACCGCGCUCUCACCUGCAAGCACCGGUUCGCCGCCGUUCCCAUCGAGGAAACCCCAUCUUAUCGUAUGUCAGCUAUCCAGAACCUCCAAUCCUUCGACCCCUUUGCUGAUGCAAGUAAGGGUGAUGACUGGCUCCCAGCUGGGACAGAGGAUUCUAUUCAUAUAAGGAUCCAGCAGAGAAACGGCAGGAAAACCCUCACCACUGUCCAGGGGAUCUCUGAUGAUUACGACAAAAAGAAACUAGUUAAAGCCUUUAAAAAGAAAUUUGCUUGCAAUGGUACCGUUGUCGAACACCCAGAAUACGGAGAGGUGAUUCAGCUUCAGGGUGAUCAGCGCAAGAAUGCUUGUCAAUUCCUUGUUGAGGUUGGACUUGCUAAAGAUGACCAACUGAAAGUCCAUGGGUUUUAAUGUUGAAGAAUAAACAACUGCAGCUUUAAGUUAAAGGACUCCUUCCUGAUAUGAGUAGCAAUAACCACACUCAUCCCUUGUCACAAGUUUAACACAACAGCCUUGUGCAAUAUUGCCGCCUCCAAUGGACUGUAAAUAAACAUGUGUAACCUUGCAGUGUCUGUGGGGCAAUUACAAAUGGUCUUGUAAGCUUCAUUUUAGAAGGAGAACAAUGUUUUACUACCCAGUGUGGCAGUCUCUACCUGUUACAGGUGGCAUGGUGCUCCUGCAUAGCUGGGCCAAAGUAUUUAAUGACAGAAAAUAUGAUUUCUAUACACAUCAGAGUGGGGAGGUCAGAUGACAUUGUUUACAAUCCUUGGUGGUUUAAAGUUGGUUUGGUCUGGAAACAUUAUCUAGCAGGACAAGUCUGUUUUGAGCAGUUAUGUGCUAGCUGGCAUGUUCAUCAGUGCUGUGCAAGAAGUGAAGUUGUAGAAGGUACUCUUCAGGAUUAAACUUAUGACAAGGGAACUACUGUGACUUAAAUCAAUGUAGUUUGAUGCUAAUCUGACCUUGGCACAAUGUUGUAUAAUGGCAAGAAAUAUGCUUGACUUCUGGUUUUAUUGUAUUUAACUUUAUUUAAAUAAACCUUUUCAGUUAA